GUAUGCUUGCCAUUUGAAUAUGAAUACAUGCAUUUAAAGAGCCUUGAGGAUGUAUUGUGUUUUGCACUGCAUUACCAGCGUGUUUAAUCAGCUCAAGAUUUGGUGGGCUCUGUUCCCUUCGACUUGCUGGGGAUUGGGCUGUUGUAUUGAAUGAAGGGCUAAGUGGGCAAGAGCAGUGCUCUGUGUGUUAGGAGGGAGAGGAAUAAAGAAGAUUCUGCAGAGACAAAAGAGAGAUGGAAAAAGAAGCAAAAUAUUUUCUGUUUGCCUUGUUUGAAGAUACAGUCCCUGUUGCAGAGAUCUGUGCCUCUUUCUCCCAGAGAGCUGUUCUGAAAGAAACAAAGAGAAGGGAAAGGGUCUCUGCUACAAGCGGACAAAACUGAGGGACAUAGGAUUGAGCUGUUACAUGAGGCAGAUCUGCCAGAGAAGAGGUACGUGGGGACUGUUGCAUUCCCCUCUCCAUCCCAGUACCACUGCCUGCCUCAGCCUGUGUGCUUCUGGGCAGGGUGACAGGGUGCAUGCCCUCACAUCCAGAGGAUGUGCUGCGUCCAUCCCUGGGGAAUCUGACUUUGGGUUCACCUGCAGCCCCCCCACCUCUCCUUCUGCAUGGGGGAGUGAUCAGGAAGCUGUCUAACUCCCUUUGGGUGGAACAGUAGUAUACUCAAUGUUAUAACAUUUGGAUUUCAACAACGCUGACUUAACAGCUGCAUUAGAUAAUUUUCUUUAUUGAACUUGGACAGGCUUAAACCAUAAGUGAUUCAGUGAAGGGAUGAAAGCAAUACAACAAUGCAUUAACUUUCAUCCCCAGAGGUCUGCUUCUCUAGUGCGCUUCAAACCAAAUGUGCUGAAAGGGUAGAGCUCUGAGAUGUGUAAUGAUUGUGCAAGUGUCUUUUCUUUCCCAGAGGGGAGGAUCUUUCUGAAAGUGGCCCUGCUUUUGCUUUAAUCUGCAUCAUCUGGGAUUGUUUCUUCAUAUACAAACAAUUUAAUUUGUUUUAUUAAAAACAGUUCAGGGGCCACAUUUUAUUUUAGAUAUUGAAUGAAUGUAGCACACAAAAUUCUGCUAGCUAUCCUUGUGUGUAUACAGUAUUCAGUUUGGGGAUUUCAGGUAAGUGAACUUGAACUGCAGAUUGUUUGAAAUAAAGAGAAUAAAUAAAUAGUAGUGUGUAAUCCAGAAAGACUGAUUCCCAGUAGGAGUCUUUAGGGGAUAAUGUGAAAUGGAUUAGACUGCAGAUACAGUGCUAUGGUGCUUAAAGAGGUGUCAGGGACAACAGGCUGUCUUGGUCCUGGAGCACUCUGCAAAAGAAGAGGAGGCAGGUGUUGUACCGGAGCAUGGCUGUAGAGCAGAGAUCAGGAUCACGGUUUCAAUGUUAUACGUGCAGUGCUGUAACUGGACAGAAGAAGGAUGUGUCUAGCAGAAAUAAAACAGAAGCCAGAAUUCCAGUCAUUUUUUUUUUUCUGAAACUUUUGGCAUAGAGAGUAGUCAAAAUUCAGCACUUUUCCUCCCUGUUUUAUUUCUCAAUGUCGUUAUUACUAAAUUUUUCAACUUUUAUGUGCUUUUUUAUAGGGGCUUUUCUCAGUAUGCAGUCCUUUUAGAUUUGGGCGUGAUAACUAAUCACAUCCUGUGCAUUGGACGCUUGGCUUUCAUCCCCAUAUAUUCCUGCUUUUCUGAAGGAUACAAUCUCACAUUGUCCUGGACUGGAGCAGUAAAGGAUAAAUCUGAUCACUGGCUGACUUGUUAUCUCUUUGUAGUGAUGGACAAAUGGUUGCCUAAAAUAAACCCUCUGUAAUGCUGCUAAAACUACCUUUGAAUCCAAGAUCUGUUGUGAUUUUUGAAACACAAACCCCAAAAUGUCAGAACCCGACCCUUCAUCUGGAUUUGUAGGAAACAUGGAAAAUGGGACUUUUCUGGAGCUAUAUCCCACAUCCCUUUCAACUUCAGUGGAUUCAUCACCUGGCCAUUUAUCCAGUGUCUAUGUCUAUGUUUCAAUAUUCCUUAGUCUGUUAGCUUUUCUCCUUUUGCUAUUGAUCAUUGCACUUCAGAGGUUGAAAAACAUAAUUUCUUCCAGUUCCUCCUACCCAGAAUAUAAUAGUGAUGCUGGAAGCUCUUUCACUAAUUUAGAGGUUUGUAGUAUUUCUUCCCAGCACUCUGCUCUCUCAAACCUUUCUUCAUGAAACUAAAUGGAAGGAAACAUACAGCGAAUGGAAGAGCUUUGCCCAGUUUCUUGGGAAGGUAGUGCAUGCAACAUUUGCCUUAGAAGACUAUUAUGAGGAGAUGGCUUUCAAAGUUUCCAUAGGGUUUUUUUCUUUCCUUUUCUAGCGUGCAUUUCCCCUUUUACUAAUGUUCUUUUUCAUUCUGGACAAUGGAUAAUGACAUUUGUUCAUCGUUUUAUGCCUGCAAUAGUGAUGCUGUCUUUUUCUCACACAUAUAUGGUGUUCAUUACAAGUAUUCCUUCCAAAUUGUAA